CGAGCUGUUCGUGUCUUUACCGUGUUGUUUCUCAGUCAGAUGCUAAUGAAAAUAAGUCAGCGGUGGGUUUUUAACAGUUGUGCUGUGAUACUCGGAAGCUUAUUAGGAAGAAUGUCCUCAUGCGUGUCUGAUCUCCAGGAGAAGUGUGUGUUCUGGCAGACCUCAGAUCUGCAGGCGUUCCUGCACUCCUCCCCGUGGACACCAGGGGUCGCUGUCGUCACGCACACACACACUCACACACACAGCCUCUUCCACGCCCCCGAGGACGAGUUCCUGCGUGUGUUACGGGCCGCGAGGACCGUCGCGCUCCUGCUGUGUGAGAGUCUGUGUGUUCAGCGCUGCGCUCUGGUCCACACGCCGCAGAGCCGGGCCCGGGCCGAGCUCCUCCUCGUCCCCCUCCACGGCCUCGAGUCCCACUGGAAAGCUCACCUCGCCCCGGACGAGGACUUCCAAGCGUUCGAUCCCGGGUACAUCAGUUCCAGAAGCGGGCCGCGCUGGACCGACGCCGAUCUAGAGGCGGUUAAGAAUCGCAUCCGUGUUCAUCUUCCCGAACCGAACGCACCUUUAAACCACACCUUUCUCGGCGAAUCCUCCGACUCCGGGUUGUUCCCGCGCAUCAUCCGCGGAGAAGAAAAGCACUGGCGAAUUUGGGAAGACGACGAACAUGUCGCGUUCCUCACGCCGUUUCCCAACACACCUGGACUCACUGUUCUGGUUCCCCGUAAGCCGUUAUCCAGUGAUGUCUUCCGAUUGGAGGAGAGCGAGUACAUCCGGAUGGUGCUCGCGGCUCGGAAGGUGUCCCGGCUCCUGGAGGCGGGGCUUGGGGCCUGGGGGGUGGGGCUUAUUUUCGAGGGCUUUGAGAUCGAUUACGCUCACGCCAAACUGAUUCCACUCGUGUCCUCGCCUGACGAGGCACAGGUGAGCCCGACUUGUCCCGCUCCCGAGUUUUUCGAGCGCUAUCCGGGGUACGUGACGUCGGUUAGCGGUCCGCCGGCCAGCAGCGAGAGUCUUCAAGAGAUCUGGGCCAGAAUUACCCAGCGCUGAUCAAAGACUGUAAAGAAAGAUGGACGACGCCCCUUCACUCUCUUCUAUUGGUGAAAAGUGAAGCC